AUUGUUUCAAAGAAGAAGAUAUUCCCCGCACUUUUCGCACUUUUUUACGAGGAUUGCCUCCCGAAGCACUUCACUAUUUACGGUUAUGCUCGGAGUAAGAUGACCGAUGCCGAGCUCAGAGACAUGGUUAGCAAGACGCUUACUUGCCGUAUUGACAAGAGGAAGAAUUGCGGUGAAAAAAUGGACCAAUUUCUUCAAACAUGUUUCUAUCAUUCUGGUCAGUAUGAUUCGCAGGAUCAUUUCGCAGAGCUGGACAAGAAGCUGAAGGAACAUGAGGUGGGAAGAGUUCCUAAUCGCCUGUUCUAUCUGUCUGUCCCUCCAAACAUAUUCAUUGACGCUGUUCGCUGUGCUAGCUUGUCAGCCUCAUCUGGUAAUGGCUGGACUAGGGUUAUUGUGGAGAAACCCUUUGGCCGAGAUUCAGAGUCAUCUGCUGCUUUGACCAAGGCCCUCAAGCAGUACCUAGAAGAGGACCAAAUUUUCAGGAUAGACCACUAUCUGGGCAAGGAGCUUGUGGAAAACCUAUCAGUUCUCCGCUUCUCCAACCUUAUUUUUGAGCCCUUGUGGUCAAGGCAGUAUAUAAGAAAUGUACAGUUAAUAUUCUCUGAAGAUUUUGGCACUGAAGGACGUGGAGGGUAUUUUGACAACUACGGGAUAAUAAGAGAUAUAAUGCAGAAUCACUUGCUUCAGAUACUGGCACUCUUUGCAAUGGAAACCCCUGUCAGUUUGGAUGCAGAAGAUAUUAGAAACGAGAAGGUUAAAGUUUUACGUUCUAUGAGGCCACUACAACUUGAAAAUGUGGUCACAGGGCAAUACAAGAGUCAUGUUAGAGGUGGUAUUACUUACCCAGCAUACACUGAUGACAAGACGGUACCCAAAGACAGCUUGACUCCAACAUUUGCUGCAGCUGCUCUCUUCAUAGACAACGCAAGAUGGGAUGGGGUGCCUUUCUUAAUGAAGGCUGGGAAAGCAUUACAUAAUAAGAGGGCUGAGAUAAGGGUACAGUUUCGGCAUGUACCUGGAAAUUUGUAUCGAAAUAUUGGAACGGAGCUUGAUCACGCAACAAAUGAGCUUGUUAUCCGUGUACAGCCUGAUGAAGCUAUUGUCCUGAAGAUCAAUAACAAAGUCCCUGGUUUGGGAAUGAGGUUGGACAGGAGCAAUCUAAAUCUUCACUACGCAGCCAGAUAUUCAAAGGAGAUUCCGGAUGCUUAUGAGAGGCUUCUGCUGGAUGCUAUUGAAGGGGAAAGGAGGCUGUUUAUCCGGAGUGAUGAACUUGAUGCAGCUUGGUCUCUCUUCACACCCUUGUUGAAAGAGAUAGAAGAGAAGAAGGUUAUUCCCGAAUACUAUCCUUACGGAAGCAGAGGUCCUGUCGGGGCACACUAUCUUGCAGCAAGAUACAAAGUCCGGUGGGGUGAUGUUGGCUUGGAGCCGUGAAUUUGAGAAGGCUGGCCUCAUUGCCAUUGCUAUCAUAGUCAAACAGGGUAAACUUAUCGAAAUUUUUGCUUUGUAAUUUGAUCGUCGUAGAUUAGGGGUGUGUUGUUUCCAAUUAACAAGAAAUUAGAACUAGGAUUGAAUUAAAAAAAAAAAAAAAAAAAAAAA